AUGGACGAUGUACCAUGGCUCCGAGACGCCUUCCGCGUUUCCCGUACAGCGACCGCAUCGUCAACCAAUCCUUGGCUCGAUAACGAGAGCAUGCGCGUCUCGGCCGGCGGCGGCCUCGUAGACCCCAAAGAUCCCGGCAAAGAUCCGAGGUUCAGGAAGUUGGUUGAGGCAAUACUGUUCAGUAGGCGGUUUUUGAAAACAUACAACCUGGUGUUGUUAGGCGUGUUGGUCGUGUUCACAGCAUGGCAUUGGGGAGAGAAGUUUCUUUUGUGGAGGAAGAGACGGAGAAACACUAUGCGAGGAAAAGAUGAUAUUGUUACGAGCGCAGAAGAGGCGGAAGUGUGGAGUAGCUCAAGCAGUACGAUCGAAGGGAGUGCGACGCCACCGGAGAUCCAUGAUCAAAACAAAGUAGAUGUUGCAGACGAGACAAGCCCAUUGCUCUCUACACAACGACCGAGAAGUACUCCAGGAAUAUGGAGGCCAUACUAUAUCCUCAAAUCCGCGCUCCAAUAUCAACCACCUUCCAUACCCGUAAUCAACAAAACUCCCCCCCAAAACGCCGUCUCGCUACUCGUCAUCGCUUGGAUAGGCUUGAUUAUCUUCUACAACAUAUACCACAUGCCGCUAGAACUCCUGUACCUCUUUGUGUUUGCCGACCGGUGCGGCAUACUAUUCAUCUCCAACCUACCACUGCUAUAUCUCCUCGCAGCCAAGAACCAGCCCAUCAAGCUGUUGACAGGAUACUCGUACGAGAGUCUGAACAUAUUCCAUAGAAGAGUAGGAGAGGUGCUUUGUUUCGAGGCAUUCAUCCACUUUCUAGGCAUGUGGGCAGUCUGGUACGGCCUACUCCGGCACCUAGGCUUCACCUUGGCGAGGUUCGUGUUCAACCGCGUGGUACUCAUGGGAUUAGGGGCUUUUAUUGCAUAUGAGGUGAUCUACUUUACUUCCCUGGGCAGUUUCCGACAGCGCUGGUACGAGGUCUUCCUGGCCCUGCAUAUCGUUUUGCAGGUUGCUGGAUUGGUAUUCCUGUGGUUUCACAAUCCAACGUCUCGCCCUUAUGUAGGCAUCUCGCUCGCUAUCUUCCUAGUCGACCGCCUUGUGUAUCGGAUAUGGUUGAAAUCGACCUCGCAUCCCGCAACACUUACAGUCCUAGAAGACGAGGAAACGAUUCUGCUAUCUGCAAAUUGGGCUAUUGAUGAGAGGAGAAGUGUCUUGGCGCCAAAGAGCAUGAAGCAUGGCUGGAAGCCAAAUGAGCACAUCUUCAUCUCCAUCCCUGCCCUGUCAAGGAAACAUGCGAUACAGUCGCAUCCCUUCACCAUCUUCUCUGCCGCACCGACAACAGUGACCCAAGAUGGCCAGGACCAACAACAGCACGCAUGGUUCAACCUCCUCAUCCGCGCACAAGCCGAGUCGGGCUUCACCCACACACUCCUCCAACACGCGCGCCACUCCCCACAGACUCGAAUCCGCCUCGACGGCCCCUACGGCUCGUCCCACGCCCUCGACGUCCUCGAGUCGUCGUCAACCGCAGUCAUAAUCGCCGGUGGCUCAGGCAUCGCCGUUGCAUAUCCUCUCCUCUACGCCCUUUUGCACCCACCAGCACCAUCGUCCAGCGACGACCUAGAAUCCACACCCGUCAAGCCGAGCAACAGAAAAGUAAAACUCCUAUGGGUAACGCAUUCCCCGCACCACCGGCUGUGGAUCCCAGAGGACAAGUUGAAGGAACUGGUAGACUGGGGCCUCGACGUGUUGAUUCCGCCGCCUACGGCUCUUGCUGGACGGCCUGAUGUCAGGGAUGUCUUGCAGGGCUGGGUGGAUAGCGAACGAGUGGGCAGUACGGGGGUUGUUGUCUCUGGGCCUGAUGGGCUUGUUAGAGAUGUGAGGAAUACGUGUGCUGGCCUGAUAUGGCGAGGGGGAGAUGUGAAUAUUCAAGUUGAGAAGUUUGGGUGGUGA